UCGAUUGCACAUCACGAGUGUGCCUUGGCAGUCGGAAGCGAUCUUGGGUGAGCACUAAUUGGUCAGGACCAUCCAUUGAACAUAUUAGUUCACCGAGAAAGACUUAAACGACAGAUUCGAGCUGCGGCCAACUUUUUUCGAACGACCAACUUACCCGAUAUCACAUCCAAUCCUCCGACAGACGGGACAUAGCCAGCCGCAUACGCCAUACAACAUUGCCGAUCGCCAACCCUGAAACAGGGCACUUGUCGCGAGGCUACCUCCAUCGCAGAGCGAAUCGGAAAGCCACAACUAUAAACAAGAGUAGAGCCGGUUUACGAGAUAAUCCGCCUAUCCAUCCGUCUUCCUUGUGUCAACAUCACGAUGUCGUCCUACGACUCCACCAGAUCGGGAUACCAGCCCCAUCCGCAAUACGCACAGCAACAACCACCCUAUCCCACCACGCCCGGGGUACCACAACCACCGCAACCAACAAACUACUUCCCCCCGAUCCCAGAACAACAACCCAUCUACUCCUCCUCACCAACAUCGCCCUACAACAGCGGCGCAAUGAUGCCACAACCACACAUGCCGUCCCACCGCCGCACCUCCUCCUCCUCAUCCUACAACAGCCAACGCCCCACGCACCUCCAACCCACACCCUCCCAGGCAAUCCCAAUCCGACAACCAGACCCACACUCAUACCAAUACGCACAACCCACUCAUUUAACCCCAGCCUCGUACCCACCACCCGUUCCCUACGCGCCACAAGCCGCACCCAUCUACGCGCGCUCUUCGUCGCAGCAAAGCCACUACUCGCACCACAGCAUGCACGCACACAACGCGCAUGCGUUUGCGGACGGAGAAGACAAGUACGAGGACGAGCAUCAUAGGCAUCAUGAUCAGCACUAUGGGGAGCUGGAUCCGGAGACAGAGAGGGAGUACAAAAGGAGAUAUGCUAAGGAGAAGGAGGUGGAGAGGAGGCCGACGCUGGGUGGUAGUGUGCUGAGUAUGAUUGGGAAAGUCGGAGGGCUGCUUGGGAGUGACAGACGAUGAGGCUCAAGGGCGGUGAUGUGAGUGGAUGUUGAUGGUUUGGAAGUG